AUGUCCCAUCACAAGGUGCUUGAUGCUCUCAUCUCCCACCCCGACUGUGGGUCUUUCAAGAUGUUUUCUGGGAUCAUAUUCCCUCGAGGCGUCCAGAUACCAUCUUAUACAGGCUCCAUUUUUGACAUCGCACAUUUAAGAUGCUGCCAGAGAGCGUGGCGCAGGCCGAAUGGACCGCGCACAGUCAAGUACAACCGUGAGAAGCAACUGCCAAGCUCGCGCACCGGCGUCUGCCGGACUUCGGCAAAUGCCGGCAUUUUCUCCGACCCCGAAUUCGUGGCUUUUGAGACACUCCCAAUACGGGAGGAUAUAUGGACUGCUACAUCUACUGACUAUACGUCGAAAUGUAGCUCUAGAACAACGAGAAGAGGCCAGGAAGAAAUACCUACUAUCAACCCUGAUUCGAACCGCCGACCUUACGCAUCGCGAUCACGCAACGCAAAAUCCGAAAUCGAACCUGGUCCUUCCCGCCGACCCUGCUCCCCCUCCUGGCUCGCGACCAUCGCUGGUGAUCUCUCAGCGACGAUGUCCAACUCCCCUACCUCGUCCACGUCUCAGGCUGUGGACCAUCAACGUCUGCGCGGCCGGCUCGGGUUCUCAUCUAAUGUGACUCGCGAGGACGCGUUAUCGAGUAUCUGGGCCGAGGCGGUAGCCGAGUGCCAACACACGAUAGGCGCCGACCUCCUUCAAUCCGGCUUCGGUUCGCAAGAGGCAGUUGUCGCCUACAUCAAACGCAGAGAGGAGGCGGAGGACGCGCUCCAGAAGGACCAUUGGCACAAGAUGCGCGCCCGCAUUGUCCCGCUAGCCCGCGUUCUCGAGAAGCUGUGCGCCCCCAUCGGCGACACACUUGGCUCAACGGCGAGUACUGGCGCGAUGCCGAGCAGAGGCGGCGUGCUGAUGCGUCCGAUCACAGGCCUUCCCCCCAAGCAAGAUCAUCUUCUCUGCGGUGGGCUUGAUCCUCAGCUGGUACAUGCAUGCGUCAAAACCCACGAGGAACUCGCGCAGGUUGGGACCGCGCUCGACGAGAUCAAGAUGCACCUGCGGGUCGUCGAGGCCGUCGUCGGUUCGCAGCCCGGGGAUCUGCUCCGUGACGCUUCCGUGAAGCUGCUCGCACAGAUCGUGUCUGUGCUGGCCGCGAUCGUGAAGGUGACGCGCGAGGGACGUCUCCGACUGUGGCUGCAGAGCCUCGUCGACGUGCGGCCACUGUCUUCUGCCCUCCAGGACCUCGGCCGGCUCGCUACCCGUCACCAUGAAGCGAUUGUGGGUGUCACGUUCGAGAAGGUGACGCAAGUGAUGUCGAGCAUCGCGGAGGGAAAGGUCGCGCAAGAUUGGGUCAACCAGCGCUUGCUUGACCUGCUGCAAGUCGCGCGCGAAGUUCAAGGCACGCUGCAAAACCUGUUGUUCCUAUGGUUGUAUACUGACUAUCAGACAACAGACAACACCUCCUUGACAAACGAGGAAAUAGCCGCCAAUCGCGCCAUCCUCCGUCGCGUAGAGCUUUUAUUCUAUCGGCAGGCAGAGGAUCUCAGGGAGAUCAAGGGUGGGCAGACCCGUUCAUCAAUCGCCGAGUUCGACAAGGUCGCGCAGUGGCUUAAGUACCCGGACCCUUCGUUCAAGCUGAGCAGGCUGCUGGAUGACCGCGCAGAGGGGACCGGCUCGUGGUUCCUCGAUGGCGACGUGUUCAACGAUUUUCGGCAAGGCAAAGCCAGAUCCGUGCUACUCAGCGGGAAGGCUGGUAGUGGGAAGAGCACAAUGAUCGCUGCUGCCGCCCAAGCCCUCCAAGCAUACUGCGCGUCUUCCGUCCCUGAGUCGCUUGUGAUUAUCCAUCUGUUCGACGCGACUAAUGGCGCUAGCGCGCAGGAUCUACACUCGCUCCUCUCCGCGCUGCUGUACCAAGUCGCCCUCAAGAGCCCGACAUGCGCAUCCACGAUCUCCGAGUCGCGCCAGAAGGCUGCAGAGAGCGGAUAUACGACAAAAUUCGACAAAGAGCGUCUGCUCAUGGGACUUCUCCGCUCCCUCUCGCAGUGUACAUUCAUUGUCAUCGAUGCAUUGGACGAAGCGGACGAGGCCGAUGUGCUUCCCUUCCUCGAGCGUCUGCGAGAUAUACCCACGGUCUCAUUGCUUGCCUCUCGCCGCACCGUAACGGGUGCCGGCACAUUCGACGUCGUGAUCUCCAUCGAUGACAACGACACGGACGGCGAUAUCGGGACAGUACUCGACAUUGCCAUGUCCGCUGGAGGUGCGUUGGAGAGAAUCAAAGACCGUGAUGGAGUGCGGCAGACACUGCUGGCAGGCGCGGAGGGCAAUUUCCGUUGGACGGUGUUGGUCAUUCAGGAGCUCAGGAGCAUCGCCGGGAUGCCUGGAAAGGUCCGCCAGCGCUUGAAGUCUCUUCCCGAAUCAUUGGAAGCGCUGUACAAGGCAUGCCUGGAUUCCAUCUCUCCCGCCGACCGGGAGGACGUCCGGCGCUUGCUGCUAUGGCUUACCUGA